AGUGAUGAAAGGCUGAAAUGCACUCUUUGGGGGAGAUUUGCUGAGGCAAUGUAUAAUGCAUGUCAAAAUGCAGGGACUGAGAGAGUGAUUUGCUUGCUUCGGCUUGCAAAGAUCAACUCAUUUAAAGGUGAAAGAGCUGUUUCAAAUUCAUUUGAUAUGUCUCUAUUGGAAAUCAAUGCUACCUACCCUGCUGUUCUUGAGUUUGUGGCCAAUUUACCACCUGAUGUUAUUCCACUGACUAUCGAAGACUCGAAGGCAAAACAAGUGAAUGCAGAACAGAGAAAAAAGGAUUACUAUGAUCGUUUUCCAAGGAAAACCAUCUCUGGACUCUUUUGUUUUUCUGAGACUGGAAAGUGCAACAUAAUUUGUACCAUAAUGAAUAUCGACACAGACUAUUCUUGGUAUUUCUUUAGUUGCCUCAAGUGUAGCAAAACUGCCUAUAAGAUUCCAAAGGUUGAAAAUGAGAUUGUCAAGAAAGGCAAGAAAGAAAUGUUUUGGUGUCCAACAUGUAAGGAAGACACUCCUAAGGUGAUACCAAGGUAUCUUUUAAACGUUGGAGUGAUGGAUAGCACUGGAGACACUAAAUGUCUUAUCUUUGAUAAAAGUGCACAAGAGAUAAUCGGUGUGUCUGCAGAGGAUUUGCUGGAAGGGAAGUGGGAUGAGGUAAACAAAUUUGUUGUUAAUAUGUAUAUAGACCAUAUUAUUCAAAUAUCUUAUAUACUUUUUUCAAUCUAUCAUAACAGAUUCAGGAUCCUACAAACUUGCCUCAGCCAAUCAGAGAUUUGGUUGGAAAGACUUUCCAGUUUCUGGUGACUGUUGGAAAGGAAAACAUCAAUGAAACUGAUGAUACCUACAAGGUUUCAACCGUUUGGCUGGGUAAUGAAUCUGACAAUCUAGAUACUAUUGAAGAUUCUGACCAGCAGACUGACCAACGUAAUGACCUCUCUAUUGAUCAGGUAAUGUUAGUAGGUGCAACCAAAAUCAAUCUAUCAAAAAGUUAUUCAAGUUUAUCACUAAAGGGCUGGAUCGUGUUUCAAUUAAAUAGUGAGUACCAUCAGUUAUACUCAAGUCAGGGAAUAAAUUAUGGAUACUUAUAACUAUAUAAUUUAAUGACUUUGUUAUAUGAAAGAUUAUCUAUUAUAUAUUGACUAUCCUGAU